CUUUCGUUCUACAUAUAUGCACAAUUCUUUCUUCAUUUUUCUCCCAUGUAUUUUCUCUACGUUUCCCAUUCCCCAAACAACUCCUACUAAAGUCCGAUUGAUAAAAAGAAAACUCAACCAAUGGCUCUCUCUGCGACCCCUUCUAGACCCGACAACGUUCAAGAACUGUACGUGUACGAGAUGAAUGAACGAGAUCGAGGAAGCCCUGCCUACCUACGUUUGAGCCAGAAAUCCAUUAACUCUUUGGGUGAUCUUGUCCCUUUCAGUAACAAAAUAUAUACCGGAGACCUUCAGAAACGUUUGGGAAUAACGGCUGGGAUGUGCAUUCUGAUAGAAAACAAACCGGAGAUGAAAGGUGACCGGUACGAGGCCAUGUUUAGCUUUUACUUUGGGGAUUACGGUCACAUAUCGGUUCAAGGUCCUUAUUUGACUUACGAGGACUCCUGUCUCGCGGUGACUGGUGGAUCUGGUAUCUUCGAAGGUGUGUAUGGACAGGUGAAGCUGCACCAGAUUAUAUUUCCCUUUAAGAUUUUCUACACGUUUUACUUGAAGGGAAUUGGGAACUUGCCCGAAGAGCUUCUGGGAAAGCCUGUUGAUCCGAAUCCAGCUGUUCAGCCAUGCCCGGCUGCUAAGGCUUGUGAGCCCCAGGCUACCAUAUCUAAUUUCACCAAUUAAAUAGUAAUUUGCUAUUUUGUCAUAGUCAAAAAUGACAAAUGAUAGUGUUAUAAAUGCUUGCUCUUAUGAUUCUGAUUUUAAUUUCUUUUUCCUUUUUUUUCUUUUUUUUUUUUUGGGGGCCUUUUAAAUGUUUUGUGCGUCGCACUAGUAGAUAACUAGAUAUCCAUCAUUUCCUGUUAAAUGGAUGGUCUGGUAUAAUUAAAAAAAUAUAUUUAAAUAUAAUGGAAAUACAUCAAAUAGAUUCGACU